UCCAAUGGAAAGAGAUCAGCAGAGACAAGGCAAAGAGCAAGAGGACAUUUGGAAGACCAGAAUAAGAUCUCAUUUUACCUCAUUUCAAGACCACAGCUAGUGCUUUGUGACAGAGGCUCACAGGGUCCCUUAGUGGCACACAGUUCUCAAGCUGUGCAUCCUGUGCCUGUGCUCCACUUGGUUUACAGAUGGCUGAGCAUCGGAUUGGGCUUCUAGUGAGCUUAUUUCUCCUUGAGGUUCUUCUCUUGGAUGCUGCAAAAAUCCUGACUGUAUCUACACUGAGUGGAAGCCAUUAUGUAACGAUGCACCGUUUGUCACACGUUCUUCAAGACCAUGGCCAUAAUGUGACCAAUUUGCUUAAUGAAAUGGUUUUUAUCCCAGCAUUUAAAGAGGAGAAAAUAUACCGGGUUAUAAACUGGCGCCUACCUGAAGAUCAGCAAAAGGAAAUUGAUAAAAGAAUACAACUCACUGUAGAAGAAUUAGUAGCUUAUGGCAGGUUCAAACGUCACACCAUUGCAAAGCUUUAUGAAACCUUUGCAGACUUAUGCAGUCACUUAUUAAGCAGAAAGGACAUCCUGGACUCCUUAAGGAAUGAGAAUUUUGACUUGGUACUUCUUAAUUCAUUAGAUCUCUGUUCUUUACUGCUUGCUGAGAAACUCGGGAAACAAUUUGUGGUCUUCCAUCCCAUGCAAUCUACCUCUAUGGACUUUAGGCUACCAAGAGACUUGUCUUAUGUUCCAAUGUAUGGUUCCAGUUUAACUGACCAAAUGGACUUCUGGGCAAGAGUUAAGAACUUUCUGAUGUUCUUUGAUUUCUCCAUGACGCAAAGAGAAAUAUUUUCUAAAUAUGAUGGCACUAUCCAGGAGCAUUUUGCAGAAGGCUCUCGGCCACUUUUGUCUGACCUUCUACUGAAAGCAGAGCUGUGGUUUGUUAACUCUGACUUCGCCUUUGAAUUUGCUCGUUCCCUGCUUCCAAACACAGUCUAUGUGGGAGGCUUAAUGGACAAACCCAAUAGACCAAUACCACAAGACUUAGAGGAUUUUAUCAUUAAGUUUAGAGACUCCGGUUUUGUCCUUGUGGCACUGGGCUCCAUAGCAACAAUAUAUCAGACCAAGGAACUUAUUAAGGAGAUGAACAGUGCCUUUGCUCACCUCCCUCAAGGAGUGCUGUGGGCAUGUAAGGAUGCUCAUUGGCCCAAAGAUGUCAGAAUGGCUCCCAAUGUCAAAAUCAUGGAUUGGCUUCCCCAGACUGACCUUCUGGCUCAUCCUAGUAUUCGUCUCUUUGUCAACCACGGGGGAAUUAAUAGCAUAAUGGAGGCCAUCCAUCAUGGAGUACCCAUGGUGGGGAUUCCCCUUUUUGGAGACCAGGCUGAAAACAUGGUCCGAAUAGAAGCAAAGAAAAUUGGUGUUUCUGUUCAGCUAGAGACACUCAAGGCAGAGACAUUUGCACGUACACUAAAAGAAGUCAUAGAAGACAAGAGGUUCAAGUCUGCAGCCAUGGCUGCCAGGGCCAUCAGGCGCUCUCACCCCCUGACACCUUCCCAGCGUCUGGUGGGCUGGAUUGACCACAUCCCAACAGGGGGAGGAGCACAUCUCAAGCCCCAUGGCUUUCAACAGCCAUGGCAUGUGCAGAACCUGCUGGAUGUCCUAUUGUUCCUGUUGGGGCUCACUCUGGGCACCUUGUGGCUGUUGAAGAAAAUGCUGGGCUUGUUGCUCAGGUCCCAGGGUGUGGUCAGGAAGGAAAAGAAGUCCUAAUGUUAGGGUUGACCUGGGGGAGGAUGUUCGGAACUCUGACUUUUUACAUGCCUGCCCCUUGCCUAACACAAGGAACUCCCAGGGUUCUCCUCUUUCCCUCUUCCUGCUGGGGGACCUCCAGUUGUCCUCACUGUUUUCUGCCUCUUUCCUAACACUCAUACAGUACACUAACUGACUGGUGACUCCACUCCCUGGAUCGCCUGGCUCUAGGCCAGCGAUUCCUUUCCCAGCCAUUUCUUCUCUUCACUCCUUUCUGCCAUUGACAGUGUUAUGACUGUUUCAUCCUCUCUGUUACUUAUAUGAUCUCACUCUAAUUUCUCAUAUUAUUUGAGAUAAAAACCCCAAAUAUUUGACAAAUUCUAUUCACUCCUCUAUUUUUCUUAUCUUAUAAUCUCUAUCCUGCUCCAUUCUACUCUUUCUGUUAGGCAAGAACAGCCACUCCUAGAAUGCAAUAUGAACCAAUUUGCCUGACAGUGAUAACAUAUGAAGUAAACUUAUUUUUCUUGGUAAAUAUCAAAAUUAAAGUUCAUAUGCAAUUGAA